UCAUUCAUGAGCAACCAAAACCAAACGAUUGUUUAUAUUUGUUUAAUGCCAAAGUGAUGGACUCGUUGUCUCUGCCUAAACCUAAACGAACAUUUAAGCGUUCAUUUGCCUUUCCCAAGAACUGCGUCUAUCGACCGCUACGUCAAAUUCACAAUAUGGAGCGCAAUCAAAAGUUGCCCGCCGAUCAGCCUACAUACUUCACGCUUAAUGCGCCGCCCUCGUUGCUGCCGGUCAAGAAAUAUUCAGACAUUAGUGGUCUACCGGCGCCCUAUGUGGAUCCCCAUUCAAAACUGCGUUAUGCCAAUGCGGAGGAAUACGCCUCAAUGCAGCACAUGCCUUCGGAUAUCAUCAAUGGCUAUCUGACCGUUCGUGGCUACACGAGUGCUGUUGGUUAGCUCAAGGUGUAUGUUUAUAUAAGGUGAUGUCUUUGUUGACAGCUGAGCACUGCUGCCAAAAAUCGAUCGGAAAAAUGAACUAAAAAUUGCUUAAAAAGGCUAACACUCAAUAGAAUCAAAAUACAAACAGAAUUAUGAUUUAA